UUCACAGCCAAGCAAAAAGGACCAAAAUCUCCUUCUCUCGCUCUCUCUCUCUCUUCUCUGCUGCUUUUUGACCCAUUAAACUCACCGGAUCGAGCCGGCAUCGAAAGCCUCCUACCCCAUUAAAACCACCCCCAUUUCUCAUGCUCUAAUUUUCAUUCUCCAACACCCACCUACCUUUUUGCCUCCCUUUUCUUUCUCUCAUCUCAUCCAAAUUCAUAUAUACCCAAAAGAAAUCUUUCUACUUUUGCAUCCAAUCCUUAACCCACAGCUCACACUGGGGUUCAAAGUUUUCUCAAACAUGUUUUUGAUUUUCUUCUUCGCUAUCGUCUCUCUUCUUAUAAUCCUUAGGCUAUUGUCAAAGACAUCCAUAAUUCACAUUUUCUUGAUAUGGUGGCGAUCUUUUGGAGACCGGUUUCACGUGUACCAGACCUACAAAAUCCCACAGUACAACGAGAACUGCCAAGAAAACCAGCUCUACCGCAAGGUUUCCAGCUAUCUAAACUCAUUGGCCUCCCUGGACGACUCAGAUCUCAAGAACCUGAACCUCCUCUCCGGUACCAAGCCCAACGAAAUCUUUCUCCACUGCGACGCUAACCAAACCGUCUACGACACGUUUUUAAGCGCCAAAGUAUCGUGGACGAACGAAUUAGAGAGAGAUGGCAGUAGAAGUAGAUCGUAUGUACUAAAGAUACGGAAAAACGACAAGCGUAGAGUUCUGCGGCAGUACCUGCAGCACAUUCUCACGGUCACGGACGAGAUUGAGCAGCGAAAGAACGAGAUCAGGCUGUACAUGAAUUUGGAGGCAGAGAAUGGACGGUGGAGAUCGAUUCCGUUCACUCACCCGGCCAGCUUCGACACGGUGGUAAUGGACGCCGAUUUGAAGAACAAGGUCCGCUCCGAUCUCGACCAGUUCCUCAAGUCCAAGCAGUACUACCACCGGUUAGGCCGUGUUUGGAAACGGACCUAUCUCCUGUACGGCGCGUCCGGUACCGGAAAAACCAGCUUCAUCGCGGCGAUGGCGAGGCUCUUGAGCUACGACGUCUACGAUAUCGACAUGUCCAAGGUCUUGGACGACUCCGAUUUGAAGACACUGUUGUUGCAGACCACUUCUAAGUCGUUGAUCGUGAUCGAGGAUCUUGAUCGGAUUUUGGCUGACAAAUCGACGGCUGUGAGCCUGUCGGGGAUGUUGAAUUUUAUGGACGGGAUCGUAUCGUGCUGCGGCGAGGAGCGCGUGAUGGUGUUCACGAUGAACGGCAAGGAUCAGGUUGAUCAAGCGGUGAUGAGGCCCGGGAGGAUCGACGUUCACGUAGAGUUCCCCGCAUGUGAUUUCUCUGCGUUCAAGAGCUUGGCGAGCAGUUACUUGGGGGUCAAAGAUCACAAGCUGUUCCCUCAAGUGGAGGAGAUAUUUCACACCGGGGCGAGUCUGAGCCACGCCGAGAUCGGCGAGAUCAUGAUCUCGAACCGGGGUUCGCCGAGUCGGGCCCUGAAAUCGGUCAUCUCGGCUCUGCAAACCAACGCUGAUGCGAGGGCAGUGAGCAAAGCAGGGCCGAGAUUGAGUGGGAACGGGUCGGGUCGGACCGCGGACGAGACGAGUGAACCCGCGAGCGUGUUUUGCCGGGAGAGUGUUCACACGGUGAGGGAAUUUCGGAAAUUGUACGGGCUUUUGAAGAUGGGGAGUAGAAGGAAAGACGACUCGGUGGAUUUGAGUUCGGCAGAGAAGGAAGGCUCACGACACGACGUUUAAUCCCACCUUUUCUCCUUUGUACGACUGACGUUUAAGCCCCACUUUUUUUUUUUUUGAAGAUGUUUAAGCCCCACUUAUGUGAAAGCCUGAAAGGGAUUACCUUCAUGAUGAUGACGAUGUAAAAUUUAAAGGAAUUUUUUUUUUUUUUUUAUGAAUAGAUGUAAAAUUUGAAGUCA